GUAAGCUUGAAAACGUGAUAAGUUUUUUUCGCAGUCAGAUAAUGUUGUAGAAGAAGCACAGUACUUUACAACAUUCGCAGCGGCAUUUUUCAUAACCUCAACAGUCAGGAACAGUACGGUACUUUUAUAUAAAAAUGCCGCCAACAAAAAAGACUGAUUUAGACAAAUUAGCAUGGGCUUGGGUGGAAAGUGUGGUAUUAGACCAAAUAGAAAGGAUACAUUUGGAAACUGCGUAUAGAAUAGGUUUAAAAGCAUGUAAAAAUUGCAAACGUAAUUGCACAAAUAAUCCACAAUGUUUGACUGGAUUAGGAGAAGAGAAGUACAUGAAGUCGCAACCCGCAGAAGUAAUGCCUUUAGAAAGUUCUUUAUCUGAAUUACGUGAUCCUACCCAAUAUGUUGGUCUAAAGAAUUUAGGUGCAACUUGUUAUGUUAAUAGCUUAAUUCAAAUGUGGUUUCAUAAUGAAGACAUGAGGAGGAUAAUAUACAAGUGGGAUAUCACAGAAGAUCCAGAGGAAAGGGAAGCAGUGUGUCAAGCUGAGAAGAAAGGAGUACCGUUUCAUCCAGUGACAGCAGUAGGACAGUUGCAAUAUAUAUUUGCAAUGAUGCAAUUCGGAAAUCGUCGUCUGCUCGAUCCGAUGAAUCUCGCGAUCGCAUUGUCUUUGGAUACUAGAACUCAGCAGGAUGCACAGGAAUUCUCCAAGCUACUUCUCUGCCAUAUCGAAGGGAAACUCCAACAAAACUCAGAACUGAAGCAGAUGCUGCAGAGGCUGACCCAAGGAAAAUACAGCUAUAUCAAUUGUUGCUCUAAAUGCGGAACUGAAUAUCCAACCUCCACUACAUUCUACGAAUUGGAUCUACAACUCGCAGCCACUCUGAAAGAGGCAGUAGAGAAAUACUUAUCUGUGGAACAAUUGACUGGAGCAAAUCAAUAUCACUGCGUUACCUGCAAUGACAAAAAAGAUGCGCGCCGGUUUAUACGCUUGGAAUCUCUUCCAGAAACAUUAAACAUACAAUUAAUGCGUUUUGUGUUUCAUAGAGAUUCUGGGCAGAAAAGAAAGUUGAAUUCUUUUAUACAAUUCCCGGAAGAUCUCGAUAUGUCAGAAUAUGUUAGGUGUCCGCCACAAACUCAUUUGUAUAAUCUCGUCGCAGUUUUAAGUCAUAAAGGCCCAUCUGCACAUUCAGGUCACUAUAUUGCGAAUAUAUGCAAUUCAAAUGGCGAAUGGUAUCAAUUUAGUGACGAUAAAGUGGAAAAAAUGCAGAAUAAAAGAAUCGAGGAUGGUGUUAGUGAAUUUUCUAUUACAGAGAAUUUGAAGGUAGUAAAACGGGGACGUAUACCGAAAGGAUUUUUGUCUUCUAAUACCGCGUAUAUGUUAGUUUAUAAGAAAGUCACUCCAGAAAAACGAACAUGUAGUACAAAGAAAAAUAAGUUGAAAAAGCUAGAUGGAGAAACCAAUAGUAAUAAUAAUACAACAGCUAUGGAAAAAAUUGUAAUAAUUCAAGAAAAAUCAGACUCAUUAAACGAAGAGAAACACAAAUGCUAUACAACGUCAGGUGUUUCUGAUAUAAAUAAUUCUGAGAAAAUAUUGAAACCUGAUAUGGAGAGCAAACAGGAAAUGGAAAUUUCGAGAGCAUCUCCAGAAAAUGUUGCAAUAGAACAGUCUGUGAACGCAGAUUCUACCUUUGAUGAACAAAAUGGCAAACAUUACGAAUUCGACAAUAAAGAAGAUAAGCCCGAUAUGGAUAUGAAGAAACCAGUUGUAAAAGUUGUGAAGUUGGACUACAAGCGGUUAAAUGGUGCUGCGCAUAGAGCUAUGAGUUGUGGGGAACGUGAUUUUUACGAAGAGAUGGAGUUUGAAAAUUGGGAAGUGAGUACAACGUUGCGCGACUUAGUGAGGCAGGAGAAUGUGAAACACGAAUUAAGCUUAUUGGCUAUUCAACAAGAAAAACAAAAGGAGAUCGAAGAUCAGAAUUUAAAGAGACAACUUGUCAUAGACGUGUAUAAUAUUAUUUCGAACGUAGUUUCGUGGGACACAUAUCAAUGGAUUCCAAACGAUUGGUUAUCAAAAUGGCUCAAUGGACACUUAUCUGUCGAUGGAGUACCACCAAUAGACAAUUCUACAUUAAUGUGUUCGCAUUAUCGACUUGAUCCUUUGAAAGUGAAUCGUGCAAAGUGUAUACCUGUCACAGCUGCGGAUUUACUUUAUGAUAAAUAUCGUGGAGGACCGCGAUUAGAUGAAAAUUCUUUUUGCGAAAUUUGCGUGAAACGUCGGUACAAGCUACUUCGUUUUAAGAUAUCGCUUGAACGUGAUCACAAGGAAGUUAGUGAACUCGUUCGAAAUUUCAAAGAACCGUCUGAGACUAGUUAUAUCGUGGGUGCUGAUUCACUGAGAUCAUGGCGAAGACUUGCGAUGGAAAAAUUUACGGACGAUAUGGAGCAGGAAAUUGAGGAUGAAGACUGUCAAGAUCCGAGUGGCUCGCAGGAAGAUAGUAAAAUUGGUACAAGUAAAGAAAGUGAAGGACUGAAAGAACCGGUGGAAGGUGAAGAGAACGAAGUCAUAAUCUAUUUCAAUGAGGAUUUACUUUGUGAGCACAGUUCAUUGAAAACACCAGAUUCGACAAGAAAAAUAGUGCCCCGCGAAGCUUGGGUGAUACUUCGAAAAUAUUUCCCAGAGUCCAAGGAGUACUCUAUUGGUGCCGCGUCAUGUUCGAUUUGUGAGGAGAAAAUGGAGAACGCGCAGAAAGCAAAAAAGGACGACAAGAUAAAAGCCAAACAACAAAGGGAUGAGUUAAACGACUUGUAUCACGGCCGAAAUAGGAACGAAAUAUUGAAGUGUGAAGAUCCAGAAAAAACAUUUUAUAUCGUCGAGAAGGGUUUUUUGGACAGUUGGCGUUCCUUCAUUCGAUACGCUGAAGUGUUUUCGAAAACACCGCCGGUUGGUAUUAGAAACGCUUUUCUUCUCUGCGAACCGCACAAAGGAUUUCUCUACUCACCUUCUGUCAACAAUGAACUGUAUACCAUUAUAACAGCCGACGAAUGGGCGAAAUUGAUGCAGUUUUACGACGUCGAUUAUCCGAUCAUCAUUAAGAAGAUCAAAUCUGAUUUUCAUACGCAACCCAGUUUGUGCGCGGCGUGUAUGCUGGUGAGAGUGGAGCAAGAACGUCUGGAGAGUCUCAAGUACGACAGGGCGACGAUUUAUAUAAAGUGCGUGGAGGAUAACGAGGAUACGAAGUUGGAAAACGAUCUCGAGGUGGCAGCCAAGAGACCAAAGAUGGAGAACACGAGGCCGUCGAGGACUAGGCGGAACUUGAAAGGAUCACACGAGUUGAAAGUAUCGUCGGAGAUUACGUUGAAGGAGCUAAAACUAAUGACGAUGCAAAUUUGCGGUGCUGGUCCCUACGAUCAACAUCUGAUGUUGGGCGAACACGAACUGACCGAUCACAGUCAGAGUCUUGCGGCGCUUGGCAUAUUUCCUGGGGCACUUCUCACCUUGAAGAUCGACACGCCGAUAGAGAACGAAGCAGACGUAACGUCGGAUGUAAACAACCCCGAGUCCACGUUCCCAGAAAAGGGUUUCAAGGGAACGGAAUUGGUACCGAGCUGAUCUGCGUCAUCAAGUGUCAGAGGAUAGGCAAUUGCAUUGUGGCGGGACGUUUAAUGACGAUAGUCGAUUUAACAUAAAAUAUUUUUGUACGCGAGUUAUCAUAUACUAUACAUAUAUUAAUCUGUAUAAUAACGUAUACAGAGGUGUGUUAAACGAGAUAUAUCACGCUGAGAAGAGAAGAGAAGCUGUCAUGGCUGUACAAUCCGACGAAUAUCGCGUUUUUAUUGUUAUUAACAUUAUUUUACGCACAGACAUGGAUGAAUCAGAAAAGAUGAAAAGCUAUGAAGGGAUGAGUGGCAACUAAGAAACCCAAAGAGAGAAAGAUUAGGUGUCGAACUUUGUAAUUAUUAUUGGUAAAUAUAUGGGUGGUUGCGUAGUCUAUCGUGCUACGGAAUCGAGGGAUGUUAGAAUGUGUGUGAACAGGAGCAAGAAGAAGAAAAUGUGUUCGUGAAGGGAUGAUUACGUUAUAAUGACCGAUAAAAUUGAUAUUUCUAGGAAUAAUCAUUUUUCUACCAUUGAAUAGCGAUUAAGAAGAUUAUUAGAGAUUAAAAUUUAUCUCGUGUUUUACGUAAGUUAGCUUAGCUUGUAGAUUUAUCUGUUUUAUGUUGAGCUUGCUCCUUAGUGAAGGGUUUGCUUCGUUCGAAUAGAAAGCUGUGUCAGUGCGACCUAAUAUUUAGCUGCUUCGUUACUUCUCAGCGUUUCUUUUUUCCUUUUUUUCUUUCUCUCUUUUUUUUUUUUUUUUUUUUUUCUUGAAGUAGCAAACAUCUGACAAAGAUAGCGGAGGAUAAUGUUUUCUACUUACGAAGUAGCUUUAUAAAUUUUGUCGUACUUUAUAUGUAACCUCGAGAUCAUGCAUAUCUACGAUUUAUUAAUAGUUAUAAUUUUUUGUUGAAUUAUAUUAUUAAUUUAUUUGGAUGAAUUUGGCAAUCUACUGUACAGGAAAUUCCAUGAUCGCUGGAACAUAAGAAAUUAUGUAAACACUUCGGUUACGAACUGAAAACCAUUUAUGGUCUCGCGAGAAUUCUAACAAAUCUCAAGAAACGUCUCACGUACAUAGAAUAGUCAAAUUUUGUAAUCUCUUAAAUUCACCGCUUACAGCGAAAGAACCGAAGAAAGUAAUAGUGCGAAUUUCUUGUACACGUGUGUAAUAUAAUUUGAUCUGAAAUGAUUUUAGGUUAUAAAUAAUCAAAUCAGUGGAUCUGAUUUUUAACGUAUAUUUUUCCAUGUAAAAUAUACGAGAAGGUAGGAUAGAGAUCGGUCGCUUCCACGAAUCAUUCCUUCCAUUACAUUCAGAGACGAACUUGGAUUUCCACUGUGUUUGGAAUGGAAACUGAUAGAGAUACUGUCGUGACACUAUUUUUUAAAGACAAAGUGAUUUUUAGUUGAGUUUUUUGGUAACACGUGCAAUUUUAAGUUUACGUUAUUACAUCACAGGAGAGAAAUGUGCGUGCACGGAAUGCGAGGAUUGCGAACGUUUUGGGUGUCGAUCAUUUCUACGAUGGUGUACCACGGCGCCCAUGGAGCUUUCUCUCUCUUUUUUUGUGCACUUUGAUUAAUGCAAAUACAACUGUCUUUAGCGAAACUUUCUUCCGUUCUCCGGCUCUCGAUGUAUCAUUAUUCAUAAAUUGCGUAUAUGACUGUAUCGUUGCAUAGAAAAUGGUUAUAGGUGCGUUGAAGAGAAUCCUAGAGAUCAUAGGAAUAAUUUACUGUUCGUCGUAGAAGCUGAGAAUAAAAUGGCACAGUAGUACUGAUCAUAUACA